AUUCACUUUCACUUUCUUCAUUUUUGUUCUGUGACUGUAUAACUCAAAAUGUCUUCCUACGAGCUCGGCGGUGUUAAGCCUGGUGUGCUGCAAGGAAUACAAGUCACCACUGCCACCGGCGUUGAUUUGGAUCAGGAGAAUGGCAAUACGAACGUAACAGAACGAGGGAAAAUGUCCGAGAAAUAUUACGCUAGCCAAGUUCAAGAUGAGGCGACACUUGCUGUGUUUGGGAAAAAGCAACAGCUCAAGGUGCGAUUGAAUAGACAACCAAAAUACUCGACGUCUUCGCUAACUGAUUCUCUAGCGACGAUUUAAAUCAUUAUCUUCAGUGGGCUUAACAUGCGGCUUGAUGUUAACAUGGGAGGUUAUUUUGUUGUAAGACUUCCGCGAUAUUUUUCUUCACCUAGAAGCAAAUCAUGACUUACCAUUCAAAGCACCCUUCAAUUUGGUCUACAGAAUGGCGGUCCUGCUGGAUUGAUCUACGGAUAUUUAGCAGCAUGGACUGGAUCUAUGCUACAAGCUUUAGUCAUGGCUGAAAUGUCAUCAAUGUGAGUCAAAAACUCGGAGUAAUCGACCUAAUCCAAAUGCGUUGUACUCAUCAGAUGUAGGAUUCCUUUGGCUGGUGGACCUUUUAACUGGGUUGCAAUCUUGUCUCCUCCUUGGUGCAAGAAGUUUCUUAGCUACUUGGCUGGAUGGCUUACCGUCAUUUGCUGGCAGGCUUUUGUUGCAGAAACAUGCUACACGGUUGCUUCUCUGAUCCAAGGUCUCCUCAUUCUCAAUUACCCGGAUUAUGACCCCAAAUUGUGGCAAGCGACUCUGCUCUUCUAUGCCAUCGCUCUCUUCGGGGCUUUCGUCAAUACUUAUCUUGGCGGUCUUUUACCACGAAUUGAAGCUAUGAUGCUGAUUGUGUAUAUUCUGGGCUUCAUUGGUGUACUAAUUCCCCUAGUCUAUUUGUCGCCACAUACAUCUGCUGAAAAAGUUUUCACAACUUUCCAGAAUUUAGGGGGCUGGAAUAGUAUGGGCCUAUCAUUCUUUGUUGGGUGGAUUACAUCUGUCAGUUCGUUUGUAGGAAAUGACGGCGCAGACCAUAUUGGUAAGAGUUCCUUUUUCUUCGUUAAAGAGCCACCUAAAAGUAGUUCAAAACUUGGAUUAACAACUCGUGUGCAGCCGAAGAAAUCAAUCAGGCGGCCAAGGUUAUACCUUUCAGUAUCUGGUUCUCAACCUUGUUCAAUGGCAUGCUAGGAUUUUCCAUGAUGAUCGCGGUAUUGUUCAGUGUCCAGGAUAUCGUCGCUGCUACCCAAUCGUCCACUGGAUUUCCGUUCAUGGAGAUCUUUCAAACAGCAUUAGGAUCAAAAAAAGGAGCCAAUGCAUUGGUAUGUCUGCAUUCAGGACUGAAGAUUCCAAUCUAACUUCACCAGAUUAUUGUCAUCACUGGAGUGAACGUCUUUUCCGUCAGUAGUGUUUUGGCCACAGCUUCACGGACUUUAUGGGCCUUUUCAAGAGAGAAUGGACUGCCAUUUUCUAGCUUUCUCGUCAAGGUAUUAGCCACAACAUCGCAAAACCUUUUCAGGAACUAAUGAUUACCAUUUAGGUCGAUCCCAAAACCCGGUUACCUAUUAACGCUAUCAUAGGAACACUUAUAAUCAACGUCCUCCUUGCACUUGUAAGUGUCGGCUCAUACACCGCAUUCGAAGCUUUUUACUCCGUUGUUUUGGCCGCCUAUCAAUCAUCUUUCCUGUUAGCCGCAAGUGUGAUGCUGGUAAAGAGAUUAAAAACACCAGCCUCCGAAAUGCCUUGGGGCCCUUUUCGACUUAGGAAACUGGGUGUACCUAUCACUGUUGUGGCCAUGAUUUACACUGUCAUCGCGCUCUUCUUUUCGUUCUGGCCUGCCUUCUCAACGGUGGAUGCGGCGGGUAUGAAUUGGAAUUGUUUGAUUUUUGGAGGGGCGGUUAUUUUCAGUAUGGUGUUUUGGCUUUUGUAUGGACGGAAAGUCUAUGUAGGCCCCAUAUGGGAGUUUGAGGGUCAAUUUGUUAGAGUAAAGUGAUUACAAUCUGUGGUAUCUAAUAUGCUUGUUAUCAUCGAACUCAGACAAUAGAUUGGCUUUAUUGAUUUAACAAGUAUUAGAGUGGAUAAGUUCACUUACAGCCCAUUUUAAGAGACAUUAUCGCUG